ACACACACACACACACACACACACACACCCUACCCAACCCUACCCCUUGUUGUGUGGCUUAUCCCCAUUUCUUAGAGCUGCCCAUCACAAAGCCGUACACCUCCUGAACUGAACUCUAUAGCCUAGAGGACCAGACUUCACACUAAAAUGAACUCCAUUUAGUUUUCAUUGAAUCAAGAGCUCUCCUGCUGUGGUGCUGCAAAACGUAUUCUCAGCACAGUAAUAAUCCCCACAACAUUAACUGUAGUUAUUUUCCGAUGACCUUCAGAUGUACAAUUGUGUUUAGUUAAAUGCCUUGGCUUUCAAAUGCCUUUUCCCUUCAACUCAAAGCCAGCCAGUCCUGGAGUAGACAUAGGCCCCUGAGUGUUGUGUUGUGUUGUGUUGUGUUUUGUUCGUCUGUUCCAGGAGCCAGCUGAGGUAUUUUGGACUCUCUUGGCUAACGGGGAGAACUGCAGUAGCGGCGGCGUGUUCCGGAAGGCUGGCCGACCUUAUCAGCUCUGUGUUUUCCUGUGAUUUUGUAGCAGCAAAGCUGCAGCCACUUUCAGAGACGCGAUCUGUAUUGUUGCCAAGGUGACGCAAGAACAGGAGGCAGGAGGCAACUUGUAGUGGUUUUCAGUUUCUAUCAGAGAGGAUCAUGAAAGCUGCUAAAGCUGUGUACAGUGCACUAAUUGAACGCAAUCCAGGUUUGAUCAGGGAUCGAAAGCAUCACUUAAAAACAUACAGGCAGUGCUGUAGGGGGAAGGACUUGGUUGAUUGGCUGAUUAAGUUACAAGACUGCUCCCAGUCACGAAGCCAGGCGGUUGGCAUGUGGCAAGUCCUGGUGGACGAAGGCAUCCUAAUUCAUGUGAAGCAAGAGCUGAACUUUCAGGACAGAGACACUCAGUUCUACCGCUUCAUUGACACGGAGUUUGACGUCGGCCAGUCAGGGGAUGAGAAGGACUCCCGGGAGGAGGAGCUUCAGGAGAGCCUCUCCCUAUUGGUCCAGAUGGGCCCUGACGCUCUCCUCACAAUGAUUCUGCGCAAACCGCCGAACCAGAGGAGUGCGGAGGAUCUGGAGGUGAUUUAUGAGGAGUUGAUGCACAUCAAGGCCGCGGCCCACCUCUCCACCUCAGUGCGGAAGGAGUUGGCGGCUGUGUUGGCAUUCGAAUCUCACACCAAAGCGGGCACAGUCUUGUUCAGCCAGGGUGACAAAGGGACUUCCUGGUACAUCAUCUGGAAGGGCUCUGUUAAUGUCAUCACGCACGGCAAGGGUCUGGUGACCACACUGCAUGAGGGAGAGGACUUUGGGCAGUUGGCCCUGCUCAAUGAUGCACCCCGAGCUGCCACAAUCAUUAUGCGUGAAGACAACUGCCACUUUCUCAGAGUGGACAAGCAAGACUUCAUACGCAUCGUCAAAGAUGUGGAGGCCAACACUGUGCGUCUGGAAGAACAUGGGAAAGCCGUCCUGGUGCUUGAAAAAAGCUCUGAACAGGAGUCGACCAAUCAGGGAGGAGCAGCAAGCAGCAGCAAGUACACGGUGAUGUCAGGAACUCCAGAGAAGAUUCUGGAACAUUUGCUUGACACAAUUAAGCUAGACACAAACGGGAGUGACCAAAUAGAUGCGUCUGUAAGUGACUUCCUGCUCACCCACCAGGUCUUCAUGCCCUCAGGACAGCUGUGCACUGCCCUGCUGAACCAUUACCACGCUGAGCCGUCGGAGGGCUCGGAGCUGGAGAAGGCAGCCUAUGCCCUGAACACCAAGCAGAAGAUCGUCAAGCUGGUCGUCCAGUGGGUCUCCUUAUAUGGGCUAUCGCUGAAGGACAACCCUCCAGUGGUGGACUUCCUGGAGCAGAGCCUGCGGAAGGAGGUGCUGGGGGACUCGCGCCUCUACGCGCUGCUCAGGGAACAGCUCAAGGAGAGGAGGAAGAAAAUGCUGGACAAUGGCCAUCAGCCUUCGCUUAAGCAACACAAUGAACUUGACUGGUUCCUUGGCUACGACAACCCAGCGGGAAAAUGCCAGCCCAUCAAGGUCAAUGACAAAGUCUUGCAUGAAGUCUUCCGGCCUGACCACACGUUUGUGUGCCUGAUGCUGCCCGUGAACUCGUCUGUUCUGGACAUCGUGGAGGCCAUGACCAGUUCAAGUGGAGAUUACGUACUUGUCAAAAUGAACUCUUCAGGAGAUAGGGAGGAGCUCAAGCUGGAGGCCCGGGCUGUGUCCACCUCUCUGGGCCUGAACGAGAGACUGUUCCUCUGCUCAGCCAACCAGGUGGACAAGCUGACACCCCUAAGGGAGCAGCUGGGCCCGGAACUGAACACUAUGGAGCCGUUGGAGCAGAUGUGCUCUAAGGACAUUGCUAUCCAACUCAACAGCUACGACUGGGAGCUGUUCAGCACCAUGCAUGAGACGGAGCUGCUCUACUACGUGUUCGGGAGGGAGAAAUUCCCCAACACCACCACAGCCAACCUGGAGCGCUUCAUGUGUCGCUUCAACGAGGUGCAGUUCUGGGUGGUGACAGAGCUGUGCCUGUGUGUGGACCAGGCCAAGCGGGCCGCUCUGCUCAAGAAGUUCAUCAAGAUUGCCAUCGUCCUGAAGGAACAAAAGAAUCUCAACUCGUUUUAUGCUGUGAUGUUUGGCCUGACCAACAGUGCGGUCACCCGUCUCUACAAGACCUGGGAGAGGGUACCAAACAAGACGAGGAGGAUCUUCACUACAUACGAGAGAAUGCUGGAUCCUGCCAGGAACCACCGCGCGUACCGGCUAGCAGUGGCCAAGCUGAGCUCUCCUUAUAUCCCCUUUAUGCCUCUCAUAUUGAAAGACAUGACGUUCAUCCACGAGGGAAAUAAGAACUACACCAGCACUCUGGUCAACUUUGAGAAGAUGCGCAUGAUCGCCAGGACCAUGAAAAUAGUGACCGACUGCAGGGACCAACCUUACUCAGUUCCAUCAUCACCACAGAAGGGUCUGACGGAGCGGAUGUUCCUGGACACUCCAGCCAUUCGUCUGUCCACCUAUUCUGACCAGUCACUCACCUUGCGCAGCUCCAGCAACGUCCGUUACUACGUCCAGAACCUCAAAGUCAUCGACAACCAGAGGAAGCUGACGCAGAUGUCCAGGGACAUCGAACGCUAACCAACCAGAAGACACUAACGCAGAUGUCCAGGGACAUCGAACGCUGACAUUCCAUGACAACAAAUCAAAAGCACAGGGCAGACUGUCCUGUAUCAUCACCAUAGAGGCCCAUCAGUGCUGUCCUGCUCCACUGGAUCAAGCUAAUUACAGCAUCGUACAGCCAUAGAACUCGUUAAAGGGAUUGUUCACGCCUCCCAAAUGAACCCGCCACUAUCUCCACAACCUCCAGACAGUGCUCACUCAUACAUGAUUUGCUUGUCAGUUCUAAAUGAGAUAUGCGAUUGACACAUGAUUGGAAAGAAUAGGCAGUUCACUUCAAUGAUAAAGAAAAGAACAACUUUUUGAAAAGAACAUUGCUAUUUAACUGUAUAAGUUCACAUGGGGUUUAAGUGAUAUAAUGUGUGCACCAGAUGUAGGUCAGCUGUAGGUGUCUGAGCUUUCCCACCACUGCCUGGCCUACAGCUCCCUCUAGAGGCCAUAAAGAGGGGACCACUGAUCACUGAUGCCUGGCCUACAGCUCCCUCUAGUGGCUGUAUAGAGGGACCACUGAUCACUGAUGCCUACAGCUCCCUCUAGUGGCCGUAUAGAGGGACCACUGACCUACAGCUCCCUCUAGUAGCCGUAUAGAGGGACCACUGACCUACAGCUCCCUCUAGUGGCCGUAUAGAGGGACCACUGAUGCCUGACCUACAGCUCCCUCUAGAGGCCGUAUAGAGGGGCCACUGACCUACAGCUCCCUCUAGAGGACGUAUAGAGGGGCCACUGAUGCCUGACCUACAGCUCCCUGUAGAGGCCGUAUAGAGGGACCACUGACCUACAGCUCCCUCUAGAGGACGUAUAGAGGCAAACGUAAGCAUGCGCAGCAUGCGAGAAUUUCACGCUAAUGUAGACAGGCUGCUGAAAAUGCUAGUUGUGGCCGCUGAAGGUAUUUAUAUUAUCAUGCUUCGCUUAGAGGCCAUUCAGCUGGAGGCCACUGUGUGCGCCAUUUAGAGUCUGAAGGUUGCGACGCCUAUAGUAACCAAGGACUUGUGGUCAUUUUGGAGAGGAUGGAAAUUAUCAACACAGAGCACAAUCAGUUUUGUAGUUUUUACAGUCAAAUGUUUGAGAAACAUAUUUCAUAUUAAAUGUAUCAGAAGUUUUAUUUUUUCCUAAAUAAAUAAUUUAAAACAA